GCGGCUCUGGGAGUUGUUGUUGUCGUCGGUUUCCCGGUGUGGGGGCCGCGGCGGGGACCCGCGGGCGGGCGCGGGGGCGGCAGGAUGGACGUGCUCAAGUCGGAGAUCCUCCGGAAGCGGCAGCUGGUGGAGGACAGGAACCUGCUGGUGGAAAAUAAAAAAUAUUUCAAGCGCAGUGAACUCACAAAAAAAGAAGAGGAGGCGUAUUUUGAAAGAUGUGGCUACAAGCCUGUAAGUGAGAAGCCAUCUGGAGAGAUACAGCCCAAAGAGGAGGACCAGACCCCGCUCACUGCAUCCAAUCCCGUCUUAGAGCUCGAGCUGGCAGAGGAAAAGUUACCUAUGACUCUCUCUAGGCAGGAGGUUAUCAGAAGGCUGAGAGAAAGAGGAGAGCCCAUCCGGCUGUUUGGGGAGACUGAUUAUGAUGCUUUCCAGCGCUUGAGGAAGAUCGAGAUUCUUACACCGGAAGUCAACAAGGGGCUGAGGAACGACCUGAAAGCGGCCCUGGAUAAGAUCGAUCAGCAGUACCUCAACGAGCUCGUGGGCGGCCAGGAGACCGGCGAGGAGGACACGCAGAACGACCUCAAGGUGCACGAGGAGAACACCACAAUCGAAGAGCUGGAGGCCCUGGGAGAGUCGCUCGGCACAGGCGACGACCACAAGGACAUGGACAUCAUCACCAAGUUCCUGAAGUUCCUCCUGGGCGUCUGGGCCAAGGAACUGAACGCCCGCGAGGACUACGUGAAGCGCAGCGUGCAGGGCAAGCUCAACAGCGCCACCCAGAAGCAGACCGAGUCCUACCUCCGGCCCCUGUUCCGGAAGCUGCGGAAGAGGAAUCUCCCCGCCGACAUCAAGGAGUCCAUAACAGACAUUAUUAAGUUCAUGCUGCAGAGGGAGUACGUGAAGGCCAAUGACGCCUAUCUGCAGAUGGCCAUCGGGAACGCGCCCUGGCCCAUUGGUGUCACCAUGGUCGGUAUCCACGCCAGAACUGGGAGGGAGAAGAUCUUCUCCAAGCACGUUGCACACGUUUUAAAUGAUGAAACACAGCGGAAGUACAUCCAGGGACUGAAGAGGCUGAUGACCAUCUGCCAGAAGCACUUCCCCACAGACCCCUCCAAGUGUGUGGAGUACAAUGCGCUGUGACCGCGCGAGGGACGGGACGCGGAGAGUCGACUCCGCCAGCGCUGGCUCCCAGCCCCCUCACUGCAGACGGUUUGUCUCGCUUUCCUUUGAACGAGCUGAAAAAGUAAGUUCCAGAGACACUUUUGCAGUUUAAACAAGAAGACGGCGGUCUCGGAAGGGGGUUCGAGUGACUCCCCCCACACCUGGGAGUUGAUUAGAUGAUCCCAAAAGAACCAUGCAAGACGGACUUAAUUAUUUCUGUAAAAUGUGGUAAUUUUCACAUUGCCUUUUAUGUAGUAUUUAUAGAAAAUAUUUUUAUAUAUUUCAAAGAAAAUGGAACCACUUAAUGAACUUUUCAGUCCUUCAGUGUUGUUGGACUUUUGCCAUCUUGCAAUAGAAUUUGGAUGUAAAUCUUA